UCCCAACACAUGUGACUACCAAAAGAAGCACUAGAAGCAGGAACCCAUUUGUGUAGCCCCGCACCCUCUUCAGUCCCUCAGUUACUUGAUUGUUUCUUGUUUCCUUCUCCGUCCCUUCCCUAGCUUCAGACUUGUAUGUUUACUUUCGUUGGUUCAUCUUUCUUUAUUCUUUAUGUCUUGAAGUAUGUAUGUGUAAAUUGUAAAUUCUUCAUUUUGACGAUCAGUUUAGACUUCAGACUUCAGAGUAAUGAUUAUUCAUCUGCAUCUGCGAUCAGUGACUGGUAAGUGGUAUGCCAUUGUCCGGUGAUUUGUGAUAAGAAUAAGUUCAUUGAAGAUUUGGCUGUGCAGAACAAACGGAUUGAUCACUCACAAUAAUGGAUCCAAACGAAACACAAAAAAGCGACGAAUGUGUCGAAGACCGAUACGUAUAUUACGCCGCCGUGCCAAGUCUACAGCAAAUUACAUGUUAUCGAAUUGCUCAGCGAAUAUGGUCCAGCUAUAUUUCUCGUUGGAAAAACUGCAACGAUUUGCAGGAAGAAUGCGGCAAUAAAGUACUGGACGUGUUCGGUCUUCCUGACACUUACCUAGAAGACAUACAAGAAAUGCAAGAUCUCCUCAGAUUGCCUCGAACCUUCGAAGUAAUGUUGAUGAGCGCCUCGACCACCGUUAGCUGUGGAAUUAGGUUAUGGAUAUAUCAUCUCGCAUGCUACACCUUGGGAAAGAAAAACGAACGAUACAGUAUUCGCGAUUUGGUUCGUGAUUUCGAUAUAGACUGGUGUGUUUGGUUCCCCAACGGUAGAAUCGAUUACAAAGAAACAGCCAUGAAGUUAUUAAACACCGUUGAUUUGAGUAACGAGCAAAGAUUCGCAAUUUUCAGUGAAUUUUGUAUGAAAAAAGAAAUCGACCAAAUAAAGUUACGUUCGCUGAGUAAAGCAUUCAGAGAAUCGGUGACUUUCGAAGAUAAUCCUUUGGUGCGUUACUGGAUUAACUAUCUAAGAAAAGAUUUAUAUAAAGGUAUACCAACCUCUCCUUAUAGGAUGGUUUACGCUGCUGUGGCUGAAAAAUCUGCCCGUAUUUCGUGGACAGCUUUCGAAUACUUUUGGCAUCUUUGUGGCGUUGCAGAUCAAAUAUCAGUGGCCCAGUAUCUUCUUGCUAAUUUUGAUCACAGAGGAUUCAAUCAUCAGAAACGAGUUCUCUCAAUGAUGUCUUGGUUUCAACAACGUCGUUUAUUCACUCUAGUACCGGAGAAAAUAAUUUCUUAUUUCUGUUUUCGUUCAGACUCGCCCGAGUCUACUUCCUGGGCUAGAAAACAUUGUAAAUUGAAGCAGUCCAGCUUUGCCAGCGUAGUAAAGGACUCAUUGUCAUACACAACGGACGAAGAAAAAAUGAAUCGUUUGAUUGAAAUAUGGGACGCAGCUUCGCCGACACAUCAAAGCGUUACGGUGUAUUACCUACAAUAUGAAAUAUUUUCUCGAUUCAAUAAUUCGAGAUGGGGUCGCCCUUCGCAGUCUGCUUUCAAAUUCUUAAUCAAGUUUUUAUCGCAUCAUGAUGCCCGAUUCAGAGCACGUGAAGUUUUAAGCAACGCAGUUUCAUUGGGAGUAUAUAUUGAUGACCUGAAUUUAUUGAACGAACUACUUGAAUUGAGCUUGCCAAACGCCGAUGAUCAAGCUCGGUUCAAAAGACUGAUUGAAAAAUCUUCCGACUUGAAUAAGACGUGCGUACAUUUAGUGACUUCUGCAAAAUUCGCAGAUUUAAACGCGAAAUUGCAAUUCUUUCUGCCGGAUUCGGACGCCAUACUAAAAUACAAGCAACAAAUGACUUCGGAAUUGAUGAAUGAAGAAUGUUUCCUGUACAAGGCGAGAAAAUGGAAUGCAUUUAGUGCCUUCAUCGACGAAACGUUCCCCAAUGACGCAUCUGCAGCGUUGAAGUUGAAGAAGAAGUAUAUUUUACAUCAAGCGAGGUGUUUUCCUCAUAGCAGAGUAAUUCGUGCUCGCGACGUGAAUCCAAUGAUUCAGAUAGUCGAAUCUGUAUUCAACACCGACAAUGAGAACGAGAAUAUAAAAAAUGUUUUUUUCGAUAGUUUUGUAGCGAUGCUGAAACAAAAAGACUACCGAUGGUAUAAACUGUUUUUUAACGAAAUGUAUUUUCGUCGUUUUGUAAGAUGGUGCCUCGGUGAAGAAGAUCCUGCUGCAGUUCUCAACUAUGAUUGUGGUGCAUUUAUGCAGGCUGUUGUUGUUGGAGUCUUACGUGCCAUAAAUAAUUGUUACGUAGCGAAGGGCGAAUUUAAAGAAGCGUUACUCCAUGAUUUACAUAGAUGCCUUAUGUGGUACUUGUCAGACGAAGAAAGAGUGAAAGAGUACAAGCUGGAAUGGAUUAAAGUGAUCCAUGAUUUAGAUAUUGUUCGAUCUGUUGCGCAACGAAAUGACAACGUAUCUUUAGAGGCUCUUUGGAAUUGGUUUUUUGAUGAAGAUCAAGACGCGAUCCAACAAUUUAAGUCGAAAAGGAUUAAACUUCAGUCAAGUUGAAUUCCUUAUAUCGUGUCAUAUCUUGAGAUAAUUUGUUCAAAAAUUACCUAUGGUGAGCUUUUAAUUAAUAAGAUUUAUUUCGAACUAAGAUACUAGAAUACGAAGUGUUUCAAUACCUAUACCUCUGUUUUUAUUAUUAAAAUGUCGAUUGUUUUUAUUUUUUAGACAUGUAUGUAGGUACGUUGAUUCCUUAAUAAUUAUAGGUACUUUUAAGUUGCAUUUUUUUUAUACUUCGGGUAUUUUUUUUUGAAUUUUUUUAUUUAAAAAGUUUUUGAUUUGUCUUUGUAGCCCAGUCAAAUAGCAGAAAAAAAUGGGCGAACCCAAACAUAAUUGCAAACAAAGGUUUUUUUUGGUGAAUAUUGUCUAGGGUGGUGUGCUGAAUAACAUACUAAAAGUCUCCGCCCCUACCCCACGA